UAAGAGUAAGUUUCGAAUUAAUGGCGUGCUCUCCAACCACUCAAACAUCCCCUUCAUCUUCUUCUUCUUCUUCUUCUUUACCUCCAUGGGAUGUUUUUCUCAGUUUCCAUGGCGAGGACACCCGCAAUAAUUUUACCGCCCAUCUGUAUAUUGCUUUGAAACAAAGAAGCCUUUCUACCUUUAGGGACGACAAAGAACUGGAGAGAGGAAAAUAUAUAUCUGAAGAACUCUUGAAUGCAAUUGAAAACUCUAUGUAUGCAGUCGUCGUUCUCUCACCAAACUACGCUUUUUCGAGGUGGUGCUUAACUGAACUCGCCAAGAUCAUUGAAUGCAUGAAAAAGACGAGGUUGAUAAUUUUGCCAGUUUUCUAUCACGUGGAUCCUUCUCACGUGAGAAAUCAGAAAUGUACUUUUGCAGAAGCUUUUGAUAAACAUGAAAAUGAUCUCAGGAUUGUCGUAGAUCAUCUGCAAACAUGGAGAUCUGCUUUGCAUAAAAUGGGCCAUAUCUCCGGAUGGGAUUUACGCGAUGGGGAUGAGUCAACGGUUAUUCAAGAGAUUGUCGGAAAGAUACAUGAUGGUAAAUUAAAUUCCAUAGUCUCAACUGUUUCCAAGAAGCUUGUUGGAAUAGGCUCUCGUGUAGAGAAAAUGAUGAAUUCAUAUUUAAAUAUUGGGCCGGAUGAUGUUCGCUUCGUAGGGAUAUUGGGGAUGGGUGGUAUCGGCAAGACAACUCUUGCACGUGCCAUUUAUGACAAAAUUUCCAGUCAAUUUGAAGCUAGUAGUUUUAUUCCCAAUGUUAGGGAAGAAAGUGCAAGAGGUGGUCUAGUUCCUUUACAAACACAACUUCUUUCCGAUAUCCUAAUGACGAGCAAUAUUGUCAUAAGGGACAUUGAAAGAGGAAGUAAUGCGAUAUGCCAAGGACUUUGUCGUAAAAAGGUUUUAGUAGUUCUUGAUGAUGUCGAUCAAACCCAACAAUUAGAGGCAUUGGCAAACCGGCGGGACUGGUUUGGUGGAGGGAGUAUAAUCAUUAUAACAACAAGAGAUAAGGAUGUGUUGAUAAAACGUGGAUUUGCUGAAGAUGAAAUUUAUAGGGCUAAAAAAUUGGAUGAUGAUGAAGCUCUUCAACUCUUUAGUUGGAAAGCCUUCCAGAAAGACCUCCCUCUAGAAGGUUUUGUGAAGCUUUCCAAGCAGAUUAUACAUUAUCAUGCUAAAGGCCUUCCUUUAGCUCUUGAAGUUUUGGGUCGUUUCUUGUGUCGGGAAAAUGUAGACUUUUGGGAAAGUGCUUUGAGAAGUCUAAGACAAAACCCCAAGAAAGAAAUCGUGGAUACACUUAAAAUAAGUUUCGAUGGACUCGAGGAAAAUGAGCAAAAAAAUUUUCUAGAUAUUGCAUGUUACUUCAAAGGGGAGAAGUAUGUCGACCGUGUCAAGAGCAUACUAGAAAGUUGUGAUUAUCACCCAAACAGCGGUAUAGAGAUUCUUAUCAGCAAGUCUCUCGUAACAAUCUCGAGAGGAAAACUGUGGAUGCAUGAUCUACUCCAAGAAAUGGGUCAUGAAAUUAUUCGUCGCCAAUCUCAGGGAGAUCCUGGCAAACAGAGUAGGUUGUGGCUUACUAAUGACAUCAUUCGUGUACUGAAGAACAAUAGUGGAACAACCAGGAUCGAAGUUAUAGUCCAAAACUCUCCUCCACAAGAAGAACUACACCUGAAUUCUGACGUCUUCUCUGAGAUGAAGAACUUACGAUUGCUCAAGAUCAUAGGUAAUGUGCACCUUUCUCAAGGCCUUAGUUAUCUUUCUACAGAGUUGCGGGUUAUGGAGUGGCAUGGAUAUCCUUUAAAAUCUUUGCCAACAAAUUUCCGGCCUAAUAAACUCGUUGAACUCAGUUUGUGUUACAGCCACAUUCAGCAACUGUGGCAGGGAACUAAGAGUUUAUACAAGCUAGAACGUGUUGACCUUAGUGACUCUCGGUACUUGGUGGAGACCCCGGACUUCACUAAUGCCCCAAAUCUUAAGAGGCUAAUUCUUCAAGGCUGUACAAAAUUGCAUAAUCUCCACUCAUCCGUUGGAGCUCUAAAACGCCUUAUUUUUCUGAAUUUGAAAGGUUGCACAUCUCUUACAAGCCUCCCCUGUAACAUUAGCUGGGAUUCCCUAGAAAUUUUGAUUCUUUCUGGCUGUACGAGACUCUGGAAGUUUCCAGAAACAAUGGGAAAUAUGAAUCGUUUGAGGAAACUUAGUUUGGAUGGGAUUGCAUUAAUAGAACUUCCAUCAUCAAUUGGGCAUUUAACUGGCCUUUCUUAUUUGAGUUUGAGAGGCUGCAAAAGCCUCUUGAGUCUUCCGAAUGCUAUUUAUGGUUUGACAUCACUUAAAACUCUUGCUCUCUCUGGUUGUUCACAACUUGAGGAAAUGCCCGAAGGACUAGGGAAUUUGGAACAUCUGGAGGAGCUCGAUAUAAGUGAAACUGCUAUAAGGCAAUUUCCAUCUUCCAUUACAUGUCUACAAAAUCUUAAAAUGUUGUCAUUCCAAGGAUGUUCAGGUCUGCCACCUACGUCGUUGUUCAAACGAUUUGUAACUUGGUUUUGGGGGAACCCGGACACUGGUUUGGUAUUGCCUAUUUCGUUGUCAAGUACUCUAUGCAGCUUGGAGAGAUUGAACUUGAGUUAUUGCCAUUUAAAAGAUGGAGCAAUUCCCGAUGACCUGAGUGGCUUUUCAUCACUACGACGUCUAAAUCUAAGUGGAAAUGAUUUCACGCUCUUACCUGAAAGCAUCUCUCAACUUUCGAAGCUUUCUAUUCUUCGCUUGACACGCUGUAGCAGGCUUCGAUCAUUGUCAGAUCUUCCGUCAAGUUUAGUAUACAUUAGUGCUCUAGAUUGUAUCUCAUUGGAAACACGUUCUAUUAAACUUCAUGCUUGGGUAUCAAAUGAACCUGGAUUAACUAUUCUACAGAGUAACUGUAAGCCACGUCGAUUGAAAGAUGGACAAUGCGACAUAUUGAAAAAAAGAGCCUUUAAGAAUCAUCUCGGGUGGUUCAAGAGGAGUAAGAAUUCCAACGUGGUUCCAAAAUCAGAGUCUGGGUUCCUCAAUUACAAUCCGGUUGCAUCCUGAUUUGGAUGAUAGUAGAAAGUGGUUGGGAUAUGCUCUUUAUUUUUCCUAUGAAAUCAAUAACCUUGAAAGUUGGGAGUCAACACAUUUUACGAGGUUACAUUGC